AUGGAUAUAACAACCACAUUACCAAUUAAUCCCACCACCAUCGCUACCGAUACAGCUUCUACUUCCACAUCUAACAAUGCUACCACAGCAACCUCUUCUACUAACGGAAAAUUUCCCUCGGUGGAAGGACGCGAUCCCGCUUAUUUUUCAUACUAUGCCAUGCUCCAGCAUCAGCAAAACAUGCUUCAAGAUACUGUACGUACUUCGACUUACCGUUCAGCCAUAUUGAUAAAUGGUCCAGCGUGCUUUCAAAAUAAAUUGAUUUUGGACGUUGGUGCUGGAUCGGGGAUUCUAUCGUAUUUUGCGGUUCAAGCAGGCGCAAGCAAGGUCUAUGCUAUAGAAGCUUCUCAAAUGGCCGAAAAAAUGAAGAAAAUCAUCGAUGUUGCAAAUUCUUCUGAUUUGAAUUCCUUGGGUAAAAAUUCAUUUUUGAAAAAUAAAGUUGAAGUGAUUCAAGCAAAAAUCGAAGACUCAAAUUUACAAAUUCCACAAGUUGACACCAUAAUUUCUGAACCAAUUGGUGUUUUAUUAAUACAUGAAAGAAUGUUGGAAAGUUAUUUGUAUGCAAGAGAUCAUUAUUUGAAACCUGGCGGUUCUUUAUUCCCAUCAAGUGGCACAAUCCAUUUGGCACCUUUUACCGAUGCUGCUUUGUGGAGCGAAACAAUGGGAAAAGCUAGAUUUUGGGAACAACAAUCAUUCUAUGGUGUAGACCUUUCCUCGUUAUACUCGGAUGCAAAAGAUGAAAUGUUUGUAACGUUGGAAGAACUUCAAGAUUUAACAAUACCUUUUUACUGGCAAGCAUCCUACACUGGUAUCAUUCAUGGGAUAGCAGGAUGGUUUGAUUUGUAUUUUACUCCGCCACCAUUCGUCAUUCCACAAAGCGGUCAAAUAUUCAUGUCGACCAGUCCAACAUCAGAGCGCACUCAUUGGCAACAAGUCAGAUUCUUGUUGAAAGAACCAUUGGCUGUCAAUGCUGGUCAGACCAUUCAAGGUUGGAUGAGAUGUGUGGUCAAUGACAUGCGUUCUUAUACUAUAGAAAUUGAAAUUUUAGCUGGUGAUGGCGGUACGGGGUAA